AUGAAUUCAAUGAGGCCAGAGAUAGUUGAGCAAGUAUUUCAAGUCUGUAAUAAGAAGCGGUACAUUCAUCGUGAUCAAGAGGGAAGCCACUAUCAGCUAAUGAAAGACUACUUCAAUGAGAAUUGCAUAUAUCCACCAGAGUACUUUCACAGGCGAUUCAGGAUGCAACGGGAACUUUUUCUUCGUAUCCUUAAUGAUGUCAAAGCUUAUGAUAACUACUUUGUCCAAAAAAAAAAGGGUGUGACUGGUCGUCUAGGGUUAUCUUCUAUACAGAAGAUGAUAACUGCUGUUCGUAUACUCGUAUAUGGUUGUGCAGUCGAUCACCAUGAUGAGUAUAUUAAAAUCGGUGAGAGCACUGCCAUUAAAUACUUGAAGGCAUUUUAUAAUACUAUUGUUGCUGUGUUUGUAGAGGAGUAUAUACGCUCACCCAACAAAGGUGACAUAGCAUGGCUACUUGAAGAAGAGAAGCAGUGA